AUGAUUCCAGUAAACCAAGGUGAAGCAGUAACCCAAAUCAAUAACAACCGAGACAAUGCAAACAAAAUGGUCACAAGCCAGACAUUGACCUCGGACGCUCAAAUGGAUACCGUCGCGACUACGAGCCACAUUUCUGCAGCGGAAGCGCGUCAACCACUACAAGAACCUCAACUGCCGGCUAAAGACAUCAAUGACGACAUUCCAUUGAAGAAACAGUGCGUGAAUCUUCCCUCGGAACAAAUGGACGACGACAGGACAUCCAACUACUCGUUUCAUGACGGCACUCCUGGAGACGAAGACGACUUCACUCAAGUCACAGUGCGGAAAAAUCGCCCCGCCGGAAUCCCACUGAUUAUCAAGCCAAAAGAACAGGGAACCUCGUUCUGGAAAUUCAACCCCAACAGAAUAGCAAAAGAAAUCGUAACAGUAUACCAAGAGAAAUUACUAGCACCUCGCAUAAGGAAAGAUGGCACAAUCACGGUCAACACGGCGACGCUGAACUCAACGAACAGGCUUCUUAUGAUGAAAUCUCUUGUCGGAAUAGACGUGACAGUGACCGUGUCCGAGUCAUACACGCGCAAUGUUGGCAAGGUCAACAACAUUCCUGUCCAAUACUCAGACUACGAACUGCUAGACUACCUGAAGGACGCCGGUGUCAUCGCAGUCCAACGACAAAUUGCAUACUCAAGAAAAGAAGACGGCAGCAUGGAGCAACAACCAACAGAAAGUGUCCUUCUUCACUUUCCACAGAAUCACCAAAUGCCUGCACGGGUCCUAUUGGGCUUCACCAGUCAUCCUGUGAUGGAGUACUUUGGAACCCCGGGGCUUUCCAACACAUCAGAAGCUCGCCUUACUUAUAUACUUGCAAGAAGUCUAAGAGUGUGCUUAGGUCUUCCGCGAGCAACAUCCAGUGCGCUUGUACUCGCUACAGCCAAAGAACCACCAGUAACUAUCCUAAGAAUCCAGGAAGUAUGUCGUAAUUUUUUUAGACUUUCUGCGCGGCCACUUUUUAUUGAAAUUCUUUCUCGCAAAGGGACGAACUGUCUUCGAACACUAAAUUUCGUGCCCCUAUUAAUCCCUGAACAAACACACUGGGUUCAGGACAUUCAUAAGCCACCAUGGAAGCUACCAUUACUAGACGUCCACAUGAACAUUCCAGGCAUGGAAACAAAAGCCUCGGUCAAUACACACGUUGCAAGGACAUUGACUCUUGCACAUCUACAGCAUAAAUACGACGACAACAUCCACGUGUAUACCGACGGAUCAACCAAGGAUGAAGGAUCAACAUCAGCAUUUGUGGUACCCCAGUUCAACCAUUCGUCAUCCUUUCGGUUGUCACAUCAUACUUCUUCAACUACCGCAGAAUUGCAUGCUUUACUUGCGGCUGCAAUAUACAUCAAAAAUAGCUCGACAGCGAAUUCCUGGGUUAUAUGUACGGACUCCAAGCCAGCACUACAAUCCAUUAAUACCCUGAACACUCGCAACGAAAAUAUGGCUCUUGUGUACCGAAUUUGUGAAGAACUUGGGGAAGCAAUAAGGAUUGGACAUACGGUACACCUUCAAUGGGUUCCUGCACAUAGCGGUAUUUUAGGAAACACCCAAGCUGACCAACUGGCUACGGAUGCAUAUACAAGCAACAACGUUCAGCUCACACCUUUUACAAAAAGCGAUGCCAAGCGGUACAUUCGUUGUCUGAGAAACAUGAUGUCCCCUGACACAUGGCUCAAGAGCAUCUCGGAACAGAGCCUACUCCUUCUAAUUGACCCAGACCUUCGGUGCCCAGUCCAUAAUUACUUGAGCAGACCUAUUGAAACACUAAUUCAUCGCCUACGACUAAAUGUUGCGUACACCGGCAAAUUUCUUUACCGAAUUCAACAGGUGGAAACACCGAGCUGCACGUGUGGCCACCCCGUGGAAGACGUCGAGCACAUAAUAAUGGACUGUCCCAGAUACGACCAGUGGCGAACUCGAUUACGAGUUGGACUAAGCAUACUCGACAAUCGCUCUUUUUCUUUGGCCAAAGUUUUAGGACCUUGGCCGGACUUAAAAAGCCAGAAGAGGGCAUCAACUUUACUACGUGAUUUUUUUACUGACACAAAGAUAGUUUACAGAUAUUAG